GAUGUCGUCAUGCACGCCGUCAUGGGUGUCGUACUAUGGCUGUACUCGGCUGGCUUGGCCAGUGGCGGUUUUGUUUGAACUGUGGUGACUGUGAUCGGGAUGCCUAUAAUAUUGCGGAAGAUGACCGAAAGGUACCUCGGAACUGUACAUAAUGGUUCCUACUUUGCCAAAAUCUUUAACUUCACGUAGUCCGGGGCGCGUUUGAAUUUUUUCCCCCCUCCGAUGCUAGCCUAACGUUACUUGUGCGGGCGACUGAUGGGUUUCAAGUAUGACGCUCUCCGGAGCGAACUUGCUGAAAUGGGCUACACGGAAGACUUCAGCCUCGAGUCUGCGCCUCUGGUGGCUCGGUUGUGGUCGGACCUCUGUAGCUACCAGGAACAGAGCGUGGAUGCAAACACGGCUCUGCGAAGGACGGUGCAGGAAAGGCAAGAGAAAGAGGACCUGGCCGAGUGUUAUCGAAAGGAGAACGCCAAAGCAAUCGCCGAGGUGAAUCGCCUGCACGCCUGCGUCAUGCAAUUAAAAGAGAAACACACAGAUAAACUGAAGGAUUUGGAAAAUAGGCUUCAUGAAGCCGAACACUAUAAAAAGAAGUUUGAGUUUGUGAGAGCAGACUGUGCAAACAAAAUAAAACAGCUUGAGAAAGAACUGCAGCUGAAAUCAGACAGAAUCCUGCAGCUGCAGUCAGCACUGUCAACGCAAGCAGUUGUUCAUGUUACAGAUGCUGCAAAAGUACCUGCGUCCUAUCGAACUCAAGGCAUUGAACUAACCUCGUUACUGCCGAGGCAGCAUGGACCGGCUGGCCGGAAACCACGGCCCCAAACAGCCGUACGAGAUGCCCAAGAAAUUGACAUUAUUCGGAUGGCUGAUACAAGAAUUCACCAGCUACAAUAUGAACGAAGAGAUCUCAAGGAAUCACUAUAUCAGUCAAGAGUUUCUGCAGACUUGCUACAGCAACGAAUUGAAGCACGAGAUGCUGAAAUUGAGCGCCUCACAAGGACCCUGAGGGAGGGCCUUCCACACACUGCGUUGCAAAACGGAUGCAGCUGCGGCCAAAAAUUGCAGGUGCAGCUUCAAGCUAAUGAAGAGGGAAAGGGUGCCUCUACAAACCCACGCUCCAAUGAGCCCCAGAAGCCAGCCUCUGGCAAACAACCGGUGAAGCAAGUUCGCAAAGUUAAUUUUGGACACCUGCAUCGGAAAACAGACCCACGGACAAGAGACCCCAAGUCAGCAAAAAGUAAGCGUCCGACAAGUGCCACUAGGCACACUGACCAACAGUCAAAAGGUGACACGCUUGAGGAGCAGAUACAAGCGCUGGAAAAAGAAAAAAGAAAGCUGCAGGAACGAGUGAAAGAACUGGCUAGUAAUGAGCGACAGCUUCUCCUUGAGAUACAGGGUCUGCUGGCCAACAAGGGACAGUCAGCUGCCUCAGACAGCAGUGCAGAAUUGCAUGCUUUGCAGAGGGAGAGAGACCACUACAAGGAUGAACUGAUGCGGUUACAUCAGGUGCUCAAGUCUGGAAAUGCACGACACAAACUCCCAUCACCAAAUGGUAGCGAAAGUGGAAACCAGACCGAUUCCAAGAAUCUGCAAGCCAGCCAGCUGUCUGCAGAAGAUGAGCAGUUGUUGAGUCGGCUGGAGCUGCUCCAGAAGGAAGUUGACAAACUGACAGCCACGGUGGAUAAUCUGUCCAAGCAGCGUGAUCACCUGCUUGUGGAGAGGGACAGUCAGGCUCGCCAACUUGCCCUGCUCACCGAAAAACUCAAGGAAAAGGAUAAAGAUACACAGACUGCCCACUUUACAUGCCGAGCUACAGAAUCGCACAUUGACAAACUGCAAGACAACCUAAACAGCAAGGAGAGUGAUGUCGUGAGGCUCACAUGCCGAGUGAGAGAGUUGGAAGCAGAAGCUGCGUCAGCAGCUGAAUCCCAUUCCCACCUCCUGCAAGAAAACCAGAGGCUUCAUGAGAACUUAACACUUGUGGCAAAAGAGCACAAGAACAUGGCAGCUGACUUGGAGAAUGCUGUACAACAGAAGAAAGACCUUGAACUUCAAAUCCAAGAGUAUGUGAUUAAAGUGGCCAAAAUAGAAGAGCUCCUGCGUACAAGGGAUCGAGAGAGGGAAGAUCUUUUGGACCAAUACCGGUCCCUUAUCUCGGCCAACGCUGAUCUGCGGACUCAGGCCGAGCAGAGCCAGAAAGAACAAGACAGCAGUGAUGCCACACUCAACAGUUUGCGUCAGCAGCUUGCACGACACAUGAGUGUGACGACAGACCAGGAGCAGAAGCUGGCUUCACUGGGAGCAACAGUGGCAGCCUUGCAAGAGUCCCUGCAGCACAGCGCUGCCGAGGGAAGUCGGCUGAAGGAGGAACUGCAGAAGAGCUCAGACAUGCGGGCAAGACUCGCCGAGCAAGUGGAAUCGCUUCAGGACCAGCUCGCCAAAGAACAAACUGUCAACAAUCAGAUUUCUGGGCACUUGAGACGCCUAGAGGACGAUCUUUCUCUGGCACGCACUGAAGCAGCUACGGCUCGCUCCGACGCAACCAGCCUGGAGCGCUUGCUUGCCACAUCUCGGGAGCAGCGCUGCCAAACAGACAUUGCCCUCGAAAGGCUCUCUACCGAGAUGGAAAACAUGAAGCAGGAGCUGCAAGCAGGAGCCACAAGCAGGGCAGCCCAAAAUGAGGAGAACAGUUUUCUCAGAAGCAAGCUGUCGGAGUUUGAGCAUGCAGUGGAGCAACUAAAGCAACGAGUCGUCAGUGAGCAAUAUGAAAGGGAAAAGUGCAAGGAAGAGUUGAAACGACUGCAGCAACAAGCAGCCAAUGGACUGCAUGGCAAACUUACACUGCACGGUUUCACAGGUUCAUUACAGACGAGGCUCAACUUUAGCCCAGAAAAUGGUACCAGGGCUCCGCAAUAGCCUUACUCUGUCAUUGAAGCUUCACAAUAGAAGGCACAGCACAUGUCAUUUGAACAGUGCGUUUCACAUAGUAUGAAUGGAACCUACUCAUUUGUACAGAAAAUCAUUUGGCAUCACCAUACUUUCAUAUCUUAUUUUACUGCAACUUUCUUGAAGCAUGCCGAAAUGGUUUGCACUAUUGCAUAUAUCUUCUUGCUAGACCCACAACGUGGCUUACAUUGUAUAUUAUUUUUACUUGGCUGAAUAAAUUUUUAUAUGUCCCCUGCA